AUGGCUCAUCUGGAGCGCGACUCGCCGCAUAUGGUUGACAUCGUGAAAUGUGGGCUGAGAUAUUUAGCUGCGGUUGUCGACGAUUUCGAUACUAUGAACGUGGCACUGCUAAGACAUGACCGGAUUGAUUGUAUAUACGUUUUGCUGGCUUAUGAUAUGGACAGCCCGCUAACUCAAGAGACGUUCUUUGAGGGUUACGGUAUUAACUACUAUGAUGCACCUUUGCAGAGUGCUAUUGCACCGCGAUGGCUCGACUGCAAUAAUACGGAUGGGCGGCCUGUGGAUCACGAGACAUCAUCAUUGAAGGAACUGACCUUGGAUGAAUUCAUAGCACGUCAGGAGGCUGAGAAGGCGUAUCUGGCAUCACAGGGGCUCACUCCUGAUGAUUUCCUCUUUGCUUAG